UAAAUAUACAUGUAAAAGUGAUUAUUCGUUAAGAGUGAUAGUGUAAAGUGUAUAUUGAUUGUUAAAACAAUGGAAUACGUACUGAUAAAAGACAUACGGCCGGGACAGAAAAACAUUAAUGUAGUGUUUAUUGUUCUGGAAGUUGGUCACCCUACUAUUACCAAAGAAAACCGCGAAGUUCGAACAUUUAAAGUAGCAGAUGGUACAGCAUGUAUGAAUGUUUCAAUUUGGGACGAACCAGGACAGCUUCUUGUACCAGGUGAUAUUGUACGAUUGACAAAAGGUUAUGCAUCUGUUUGGAGACAAUGUUUAACAUUAUAUUCAGGAAAAAAUGGAGAUAUACAAAAAAUUGGAGAAUUUUGUAUGGUAAUAAAUGAACAAUUGAAUAUGAGUGAACCAAAUCCUGCUUUAGCACAACAAAUGAUUAAUCAAAGUGGAUCUGGCCCACCUGGUAGUAAUAACAAUAGUAUUACAAAUAAUGGAAAUGCAAAUAACAUUGCUGGUCAACCUGGAAGACAACCACUAGGAUUUCAUUUUCCACUUACUGUGGUGAUAUGUCAUUUAUUAUUAAAAUUUUUGUUAUCUGCUUUAAUAAGAUGCAUUAAAGCAUGUUGGAAAAAACAACAGCAAUUAAAACUUCCUUUACAAAGCAUAAUAGGAAUGGUUAUGCCAGUUGGUAUAGCUAGUGGUCUUGAUGUUGGUUUAUCAAACUGGGCAAUUUCACUAAUUACUAUGUCAUUAUAUACAAUGACAAAAUCAACUACUAUCAUUUUUAUUCUUGGAUUUGCACUUUUUUUGAGAUUAGAGAAAAAGUCUUGGUCAUUAUCAUGUAUUGUAGUAAUGAUAUCAGGAGGAUUAUUUAUGUUUACUUACAAAUCAACACAAUUUGAAAUUUUUGGAUUUGUAAUUUGUCUCUUAGCAUCAUUUUCAAGUGGUAUUCGAUGGACUAUGACACAAUUAAUUAUGCAAAAAUCUAAAUUUGGAAUGAAAAGUCCAAUUGAUAUGAUGUAUUAUAUGCAAUUGUGGAUGUUAUUACCUAUUGUACCAGUAAUGAUGUGGUUUGAAGGACCUCGUCUAUAUAAUAAUUUUAAAAUUACUGAUUGGAAUAAUAUUCAUACUAUUGCAAUGACUAUAACUGCUAUAUUUGGAAGUGCUAUUAUAGCUUUCCAUAUGGAAAUUAUGGAAUUUUUAGUUGUUACAUACACUUCUAGUCUUACACUUUCAAUUACUGGCAUAAUUAAAGAAAUAUGUAUUUUGAUCUUAGCUGUGGAAUGGAAAGGUGAUCAAAUGAGUGGUCUUAAUUUCAUAGGGUUAUUAAUGUGCCUUUGUGGAAUCAUAAUUCAUACUAUCCAAAAAGUAUUAUCAAAUAGAAACAAAAUAGCUGAAAAUUUGGAAUUACAAGUAAAUUCUCUUUCAAGUAACAAUUUAAAAAAUGAAGAUAGUAUUGAUACAAAUUUACCUUUAUUAACUCAAAAAUCAACAUCGUUAACAAAUCUUUUAAAUGCAGAAUUCAGUUCAGAUGAAGAUGAUACACUUAAACAUGGUGAGAAUUCUACUCAAAUAUUAUCUAAUAUAUUACAACGUAGGGAACAGUAAAAUUUAAACUUUAAUAUUAUUAUUAUUAUUAGAAUGAUAAGAUUUAUUCUAAA